UAUUCCCAGAACGUAUUUUCAUGAUACAGAGAUGGAAUUUGCCCUUUAUUAUUUUAAAGACAAGACUGUGGAAGUUGGGAAAACGUCAUGGAUAAGUCCUAUUGAUCAGCAACAAUGUCCUAAAAUAAUAACUGAGUGCCCUAAUCUAGAAGAUGAAGAUGGAUGGAUGGAGGUAAAGUGGGACGUCAAAGGCAGAAAAAAGUCCAACGGUCAAACCUUUUUUCCUGCCAAGGUUUUAAUGUUUGAUGACAACUACAGUGACCUCUGCAAGAAGAGACAAAAAUUCAUAAAUGGUGAAGACAUCUGGCAAGAAGCCCCCAAGCGGAAGAGUAAACCAAACAGCAAAUGGAAAGAUUUUGAAGAGGAGGACCAUGAAGGUCAAACAAAAAAGAAAAUGAAGAAAGCAACCGCCCCAGAAAAAGACUCAGCAAACCAAAUGAUAGAGGAGCUGAAGAAGAAGUUGGCCAAAAAAAUAAAUUCAGAGAAUGCUGUAGGUAACUCAAAUGAGGAGUCAUCAGAUGAGGAGCAGCUUCCCAGAAACUGGAGUGUGGCACAGCAGAGACUUAAAAAGCUCCAGAGAGAGAACAAGAGCCUGAAAGAAGCCCAUGUGAAAGACAUCCUAGAUGCCAUGAGAGAGCUUCCAGCAGUGGUGACACAGCUGAAAGAUGUGGUUGAAAGAAUCACCAAUCAACAACCAUUGUCAACAACAUCUGUAGAGCCACCAGUUUCUCUACCCAUCUCUCCCCAAGUUGUGCCUGACCAUAAUGAUAUGGUGCCCCUUUUGCCAGGGUAUGAUGUCAAAGUCCCAAGUCAGAAGUUGAAGUCAGUGCGUACUACAAGUUCAGCACUGUACAUUGGGGAUCUGGCGGUGCUCGUCUAUGGUCGAGAAACACUGGCCAACUCAAGUUUGACUGGGAGGCAGUCAGGAGCUCACAAAAAUGUGGAGUCGAAGCCACAACUGGACAACACAAAACUUGACGCUAUACUUGCCUAUGCCCAGGCGAAGUUCCCCGACACCGCCAUGCAAGAUGUCAGGAGGAUCAUUAGAAAGAAAUGCAACAAUUUAAGCUAUUGAAAGCAACUAGAUGAAAAGUCAUAAAAAUAUUGUUUCUUUGAAGAUAUUUUGUUCCGAAAAUGUGCACUUUUCUAAGCUUCUUUUGAAAACCAAGGACUUCAGUUCUCAGUUCUUAUUCAGUCCUUAUCUGGAACACACUUUUGUUUAGAUUUUUGAUGUCAAUUGCAGUUUUUAAUUUUUGACAAAGAAUGACUUCAUUGUUUUUACAUUUUCAUAUGUAAAUGUGUUUACAUUUUUAUUUUAAUAUUGAAACCUAAGAACGGUUUGAUUUAAGAGAAGCUUUGUUAUUUUGAAAUGCAGUCUGUAAUAGUUUAAGAUGGCAUUUAGAAAAAAAAACCUAUAUGUUAUAUAAAUAAACCAAAGUUAUCAAGAUACUGUCUUGUAAUUGUAUAAACAUAUUGCAUUAUAACUACAUUAUGGGGUAACUGUAAGGAUAUGAUAUCUGAUGUGCUACAAUAUG